AGGAAGAAUGAAUAGGCACUUGGAUUUGUGGGGAAGGAGAACACCCAGGUUUCUGGGCGGCCAACUAGGUGAAUGGAGGGAUCCACGCCCUUCAGCAAUGUGACUGCAGCUUUUACUCACAAAGAGUGGAGGCACUUGGUCCGAGCUCCAAGGAAAGGGUUUGAGGAGAUACCAGAAAAGUCCAGGAACCUGGUCCUACUGGGACUUCCAGUUUCCCAGCCUGGUAUGAACUCCCAGCUGGAACAAGGGAAAAGCCCAUGGAUGCUGGAGGGAGAAGGCCUAAGGAGUACCUGUCCAGACUGGAAGACUGUAUCUGAAUCACCACCAGAGCAAGACUUUUCUGAAGAAUCAUUCCAGAACACAAGGGUAGAGAUACCUCCUGGGGAAUCAGAUCAUAGGAGCUGUGGACAGGGGAAGAGCUUUAAUCUGCGACCAGUUCUUUCUCCACAACAGAGAGCUCCUAAAGUGAGACCCCAUAAAUGUGAAAUACAAACGAAGAGCCUCAGGAGGAAUUCAGACAUAAUUAAAUCUCACAGAGCAAAACCAUACACAUGUAACGAAUGUGGCAAAGCCUUUUACUGUUCUUCCCUUUCACAGCAUCAGAAGAGCCACACUGGGGAGAAGCCUUAUGAGUGCAAUGCAUGUGGGAAGGCCUUCAGCCAGAGCUCAUCUCUUACUCAGCACCAAAGGAUUCACACUGGAGAGAAACCUUAUAAAUGCAGUGAGUGUGGAAGAGCCUUCAGCCAGAAUGCAAACCUCACAAAACACCAACGCACUCACACUGGAGAAAAGCCCUACAAAUGCACUGUGUGUGAGAAAGCCUUCAGUGACUGUUCAGCCCUUGCUCAGCAUCAGAGAAUUCACACUGGAGAGAAACCCUACGAAUGCAGCAACUGUGGGAAGGCCUUCCGUCACAGUGCCAACCUCACAAACCACCAGAGGACUCACACAGGGGAGAAGCCCUACAAGUGCAGUGAGUGUGGGAAGGCCUUCAGUUACUGUGCAGCGUUUAUACAGCAUCAGAGGAUCCAUACAGGAGAGAAACCUUACAAAUGCAACGCAUGUGGGAAGGCCUUCAGCCAGAGAGCAAACCUCACAAACCACCAGAGGACUCACACUGGAGAGAAACCCUACAAGUGCAGCAAGUGUGGGAAGGCCUUCAGCCAAAGUACACAUCUUAUAAUCCACCAAAAGACCCACACUGGGGAGAAGCCUAAAGCAUUUAACCAGAGUUCAUCCCCUAGUCAGCAUCAGAGAAUUCACACGGGUGUGAAACCCUACCAAUGUAGGGAGUGUGGGAAGGCCUUCAGGUGUAGUUCAGCUUUCAUUAGACACCAGAGACUCCAUGCUAGAGAGUAACUGGGAACAUGACCAACGUGGAUGGGGACCUGAUGGUUUGAAAGCCUCUAGAAACACACUUUCGCACCUUUAAUAAAGUGACUAUUUCAUGUGGAA